AUGGCUGUGUCCAAACGGUCAUGCGGCCAAGAAGCGUCACCUUCCAAGGCACUGCGUCGCGACUGGGCGUAUGGGAUUCGCCUGUUCGUUGUUCCACUGGGCUCCGCCACGGCAUCCCGGCGAAUGAUUUGGGAUAGGGAGAUCAAGGCAGCCGGCGGCUGCUUAGCAGAUUCUCCAUGGUCAGCCACCCACAUGCUGUUGUCGCCAGAAGUGACGCCCGUUCGCCUUGGGACAUGGGCUGAGAAGCUUCUUGAAGCAAGAGGACGACCUGCUGCCAACGAUCCUGUGACUAGCGUCCGCAUUCUCAGCAAAUCUUUACAAGCCACUUGGCUGUGCACCGACUGGCUCAUCGCCUGCUUGGCAAAGCAAUGCCGCGUACUAGAGGAGAAAUUCAAGUGUUGUCUAGAUGCAUCAACUGAAACGCUGGAUCACGAAGACCGUGACUGCCAUUUUAUUGCAGAUGGGCCAGCCGUAGCCAAGCCGCAGAAAACUGAAGGCUCCUCUCCUGCUUUACCGGCAUCAGCUACUGCAAGUCCAGCACGGACAGAAGCUGAAUCAGAUGAUUCCGACGUGGAGGAAGUUCUUCCAAAGCUGCGAGUCUUCGGAGGGGAGAUGACCCCAAAACGCGCCAACCUUCUUCGCAAUCGCGAGAAAUUUGCCUGCCAGCGUGGAGGUCAGGACCCUCCUAAAACCAGCGGAUCGUCUCCCCCAAAAUCUCGCAAUGAGAAAUUGGUUUCCAUGUUCAGCCGUCUGCAGCAGCACUACGAGUCACUGGGAGAUGGGUGGCGAGAGCGAUCAUAUCGACUGACUGCAAGCAUUCUGCGCGGCCUCCCGUUUGAGGUGACCUCAGAAGAGGACCUGGACCGAUCAGAGCUGAGACGGCUAGGCAAAAAAACUCGUGACAAGCUGAAGGAGUUUCUCAACACCGGGAGUAUUGGCCGGGUUGACGGCCUUCACAUGGACGAACAUGCAAAAGCACUGGCUGAGCUGCAGGGUAUUUGGGGUGUGGGGCUCACAACCGCUAGGCGCUGGCUUGGAUCUGGCUGCCGCACCGUCACAGAUGUCAGGAGCCAGGUGCAGGAUGGAACCUUGCGGCUAAGCGCAGACCAAUUGAUCGGCCUGCAAUUCUUCGAGGAAUUUGCACAGCGCAUCCCUCGCAUCGAGGUGGAUGAAAUCAUUCAGGUCGUUCAGGCAGCUGUCUCCCGGCGAUUUGGUAACCGCUUGCGAAUGGAGGCAUGUGGCUCAUUCCGUCGAGGCAAAGCAAGCUGUGGAGACGUUGACCUUCUGCUCUGCGCGAGGAGUGCCAAAGACGAGCUUGCCCUUGGCUCGACGCAUGAUGUGCUAUCCAGUCUGGUUGCUGAUCUCCAUGGGCAGGGCUUCAUCACCCAUGAUCUCAAAGGCGGCAAUCAAAGUCAUCGCCGCCCCGGAGGGCAUGUGGGCCAGGAUGUGAACGACGGAGAGGAACAGCAGAGCUCUACGGCCGCCACUUACUUUGGAGUGUGUCAGUUGGCCCGUGUUGGCAGCUUGCACCGCCGAAUUGAUAUCAAGGUAUAUCCGGUGCUGGAGUUUCCCUUUGCUCUGCUCUCCUUCACAGGAUCUGGACCGUUCAACAGAUCCAUGAGGUUGUACGCGCGAAGAGCAGGGUUCAGUCUGUCAGAUCACAGCAUCUGCCGCGCAGCACAUGCUCGCGGGAAUGGUCGCGGCGAGCGCAUCUGGACCGGACCACCGAUUGCAGCAAUGCAGUUUGCAAGUGAGAGGGACAUCUUUGAGUUCCUUGGCCUAGCAUACCGGGAACCCUGGCAGCGGGAGGUGGACGCAUCUUGGCUGGCCGAAACGGGUACAGACAAGCAGGCUGCUAAGCAGGCCACUGCAGCCACCACAGGUCUUGCUGCCGAUGUGUCCAGCCAGGCCUCGUCGCCACCAGCAAAAGCUGAGCGGGAGGCACUUGGGUGGAAGGACGAAGACGAGGUCCAAAGCCUGUCAGACUAG